AUGUCUCACUCUCACUCGCCUGCGCCCUCGAACUACAGCGACUGCGUCGCCUCCCUCCGGACAUCCCUCGCCCUCCUCGAGUCCUCCGUCGACACUCUGGGCUCCGGCGUAGCCGAUUUUCCGCGUCUGGGUUCGGUGCUCAAGACAGUCCGCCACUACGAGCUCAUCCCCCAACCAACCCUCGCCGCCGCCGAGGCCUCCCUCCGCGACGAGAUCGGCCCCUUCGUCACCCAUCUCCUCGACCGCGCCGAGCGCCAGGUCGAGCGCCAGGCCCGCCGCAUCGAGACCCUCAAGGCCCGCUCCGACCUGAACGCAGGCCGCCUCAGCCGUGGGCCCUCGCCCGAGCCCGGCAGUGCACCGUCAUCGUUGUCAUCAUCCAAGGGUCAGCGGACCCUCGACGGCGGGGCGGGCCUGCGGGCGCGUGCGGUCCGGCAGAAGAAGGAGGCGCUCAAGUAUAGUGUCGAGAGGCUGGAGCUGGAGGUGGUGCAAAAGGAGAGGGAGCUCCGGCUGCGGCUGCAGGACGCUUGA